AUGUUCAAUGCUGUGUUGAAAGUACUAAGGAGGAUACCUAACACAAGAAAUGUGGGUACUGGAAAAAAGGGGUUGAAUAUAGCAUACUUCGGAAGCGACAAAUUCAGUAUUCAUUCGUUAAAGAAAUUGGUAGAAUACCAUAAAAAGAACCCAGAGAAGGUGUCCUCUAUAGAUGUCAUUACUAGAAGUAUCAAGCCUACUGGUCGGAAUUUAAAGACAUUUGUUGAUGUGCCAAUUGGUGAAUACUGUGAAAAGGAAAAGUUAAGUAUUCACAGGGCAGAUUCAUCUGAUGAUAUCAUGAAUAUUAUGUCCAAGAAUCAAUUUAAUCUUGCUAUAGCGGUGUCCUAUGGAAAAUUAAUUCCUGAAGGGUUUUUGAAAAGCGUGAAAUAUGGUGGGCUAAAUGUGCAUCCGUCGUUAUUGCCAAAAUAUUCAGGUUCUUCACCGUUGCAGUAUGCAUUAAUGAAUGAUGAUAGCUUUACAGGGGUUACGGUACAAACAUUGCACCCAAGCAAGUUUGAUAAAGGGGAGAUUGUACUCCAGUCUGAUCCUAUUCCAAUUGCAGAAACUGACAAUUUUGACAGCUUAGAGGAAAAAUUAGGAGAGUAUGGAAGUAAUUUAUUAUUAAAUGUAAUUGAUAAUCGACUCUUCGAACAACCAACAAAAAUGGAGGAAACCCCUUAUAAAUUUUCUCUUGCUUCGAAAAUAAAGCCUUCUCGAAGUGAAAUACGAUGGGAUUUAUUAACUUCGAGGAAAAUUAAACGAUUAAAUGAUGCAUUGGGGCAACUACACUCAUACAAAUUUUGUGAUAUUCGGAAGAAGAAGAAAGAAAUUAAAGAAACUCAGAAAGUUAUAUUUAAUGAAAUUGAGUUAGUUGAGGACGACUUUAAAGAAGGAUUACAGCCAGGUGAGUUUGUACUUGAUGAAAAUAAUAAUAAACUAAUUAUCAAAACUAUUGAUGGUGCUGUAUCCAUCGGCAAAUUAAAGUUCCAAUAUUGUAGUGAAGAAGAUCCAAAAACUUUUAUGAGCCAUUUAACUAAAAGAUCAGGAAAUACCAGUCAUAAUUUUGUAUCUCAAUCACAAGUACAAGUGUAA